AAAGUGCGGCGACGAGGAUGGGUUGAGGUUGAGGAGAGGACUCGGAGCAGUCGGGUCCGGCGCGGCGGUCGGAGUACACGGUUGUGGAGAUCAGCUGUUUAUGUAAGAGCGAUAAACAGGUUAAUUGUCAGCGGCUAUCAGCUGUUUUGGUGUUAACUCGUUGUGAUCCCGCUAUCUCGGUUGCAGUAUCUCACACUCCGGGCGUCACGAGCCACUCUCUUCAUCUUGCUCUCCGUUCACUUGUUCCGCAUCAUUUCAACUCGUAACACUCCGCUGUUGAACAUAUAACUGCCGAGAUGUCGGAGCCUCUGCCGAAGAUAGACAUUGAUAAGCCACGUUGGGACCAGAGUACCUACUGGGGCAGGGCGAAGUACUUCUUCACGACCACAAACCCUCUCAACAUCUUCUGUUCCAGCACUGAGCUGGACAGGGCUAAAGACAUUGUGGACAGAUAUAGACGUUCAGAACCACUGGAGGGGUGCACGAUAGAUGACAUCUACAAGGCCAAGGAGUUGGUGGAUUCAGCAUUCCAUCCAGAUACAGGAGAGAAAAUGAUUGUCAUUGGUCGUAUGUCUGCCCAAGUUCCCAUGAACAUGAUGAUCACCGGCUGCAUGGUCACAUUCUACAAAUCUACGCCUGCAGUGAUAUUCUGGCAGUGGGUGAAUCAGUCCUUCAACGCUUUGGUAAACUACACCAACAGAAGUGGCAAGUCUGACGUUACUAUUGAACAGUUGGGCAAGUCGUACGUGUUGGCUACUGGUGGGGCUCUUGGCACAGCCCUGACUCUCAACAAAUUGGCUAAGAGGGCACCACCACUGAUGGGUCGUCUGGUACCGUUUGCCGCCGUUGCUGCUGCCAACUGUAUCAACAUCCCCUUCAUGCGUUUCAGAGAGCUGGAGAAUGGAAUACCUGUUUAUGACUCAAACAACAACCACCUUGGAGACUCCAAGAAAGUAGCAGUAAUCGGUAUUGCAGCCGUAGUCUUCAGCAGGAUCUUCAUGGCAGCGCCAGGGAUGGUGUUCACUCCGAUGAUCAUGAACUCCAUUGACAAGAGAGGGCUGCUGCGUAAGGUUCCUUGGGCGAACGCUCCAAUGCAAAUCCUCCUCUGUGGCUUUUUCCUGACAUUUGCUACUCCGAUGUGCUGCGCAUUCUUCCCUCAAAAAUCACCCAUAGAGGUCAACAAACUUGAGGCACCUCUCCAGGAGAAAGCAAGCCAGUUGAAACCACCUCCGACUAUUGCCUAUUACAACAAGGGCUUGUAAUAUCUUCAGGCCAUCGCUGAAGGUGAAGUCAUUUAGCACGAGUCUGGAUCUAGUCAUCAGGCACUUGCGUUUGCAAGGAAUGGUAUUGAUUGCAAAACAUGUCAGAUGAGAAAUAUGUCAGGAAAAUAAUAAGUUAUAGUUAUCUGAUCCAGUACAGAAUAUGGAUUUCAAAUGCUUCAAGAAGGAAAUGUAAGGAAAUGUAAUGAGGCCACAACAUGCAGUGUUUCUUCCAAUAUCUUCAUUUCUGAGAACCUUACACACUUCUUUCUAAACAUUGCAUCAAUGCCAUUGGAAUUUUAAUGUGCAAUUUUAUUCCAAUUUACACUAAAUAUUAGAAGACAUUUUUAACUUAUAACAAUUAAGCAAUUUACACAAAGUAUUAUCAUGGACAUUCCAUCAGAUUUGUUAUGUUUUAUAACAUUUGUUAUUUAAAAUAAAACAUUUACAUGAAAGAAAAAUA